AUGGAAUAUACCAAAGAGCCCUACCGCAAAUCUCUCGGCCAACGUGGCAUUAUCAAUGGCACCACAUAUUCGCUGAACCACACCCCUUUCGCUCAUUACUUUGGCGGGGUACGAUAUGGACUGUCAUCGGAACGAUGGAGGCGAGCAAGGCCAUUGCCUCCUGACUUCACAUACAAGGAUCAAGAUGGGUCAUCAUGCUGUGAUGGUCAAUCUAAAGUUUGUCCCCAAAGGGAUUUUGACGGAACGUUUAAGGAGAGCUUAUGGAGCGAGGAUUGUUUCCAAAGCAAUAUCUGGACACCGACAGGAACGCCUCCGGCAGUUGGAUGGCCUGUUAUAAUGUUCAUUCUAGAUGGUGGGUGGCUCCAAGCAGGUACGCCAAACGAGUUCAACCCUGCUGCGCUCAUCGGCCAAGCCGGCCUCAACGCAAUCGUCGUUAUGCCCGCAUACCGACUUGGUGUGUUCGGCUUCCUCUACAGCGCCGAGCUCGAAGCAGAAGCGAAAAGCACCGAUACAACGACUGGGAAUUUAGGCUUCUGGGACCAGCGCCUGGCUCUCGAAUGGGUCCAUACCAACAUCCAUCUCUUCGGCGGCGACUCGGCCAAUAUCACCCUCGCUGGCUACUCGGCGGGCUCUUACUCUGUCUUCCAUCAGCUCGCGUAUGAGUUCUCCCUACCAGAUAGUCACCUCAUCCGGCGCGCCUGCAUGUGGUCCAAUGGCCCCGGCGUACAGCCCAAAAGCCCCGCCCUCGCCCAGCAUCAAUUCGCUCUCCUCCUAGCCGCGCUGUUCAUCCCGGAAUCGCUGCCGGCCGCCGAAAAGCUCACCAGGCUGCGCAGUCUCCCGGCCAGGACACUCCUCGAAGCUGCCCUAUCUAUAGAUAUGCAUCAGUUUCGUCCAACGGCAGAGUCCGUAUUUAUCGCCCCAGACCGCAUCCAGAACCUGGCGUCUUUCGCACGCACUCUCGUUGCCCGUCGCAUCCCGCUGCUGAUCGGCGAAUGCCGUGACGAGCCCUGGCUCUACGCGCAGUGGACCGCGCCGAAGGAGAACACCCUCGCCGCGCUCCGCACGCGUUUGCUCGCCGAGUACCCACCACACAUCGUGGCCGGGCUGGUUGAUAUCUACUUCCCGGGUGGGACGCUGCCACCGCAGUUCGUGGACUGGAAGCAGGCCUUUGGGGCCGUGUACGCGGAUAUGCAGGUGUAUCGACUGGAGCGGGGGCUGGUUAAAACGAUUGCGGAGUGCGGCGGACAGGAGCUGGUAUUCCGGUAUCGUGUUGAGUACCGAUUGGAAUGUGUAGAUCGCUUUAUGCCGCCGGAGGCUGGGGUGACGCAUGCGACAGACGAAGCAAUUUGGUUCUGGGGAAAUGGGUAUCAGGUACGUGAGGAGGAGGGGGAGGCUGUAGAAAGGGCUUUUAUCGGGCCAUUCAAGAAUUUUGUACAGGGAAGUGUGGUUGAGUGGGGGGUUGGUAGUGUGAAGUCGAUGCGCAGGUUGAGGGCAGAUCGGGGUGUUGAUAUCUGGGAGGAUGCACUAUGGGAAGAUGAGGAUCCAGUAUGGAUGUUGGUUGCUGGUGAUGGAAAAUAA